AUGGCGUCUUCGUUCGACUACGACGACCGUGACCGGCGGCUCCGCGGAGUCACGCCGGUAUUCAGCUGCGUCGCCUACUUCUUCGUGGGCAUCAGCGUGACCCUCGUAUACGCAUUAGGGUAUGUGUGCAGCAUCGCGCUGCUGGAUGGACUGGGGAUAAACGCUGAACUCUCCAACGCGUUUUACAAGACAAGGCAGCUGAUCAUAUUCUGCGCGUUCAUUGGGGCAUCCAUCGCGCUUCUGUUUGGGCUAGGAGGAAGGAUUUCCCUGGCUGUGGAACAAUGUAUGCUGACAGUUUGCUACUGCGGUGCCGCGGGGUACAUAUGGGCCAACAGCAGCGACCUGCACCUGCGGGUCAACAGUCUCAUGAGGUUCGCCCCGGCGACCGCCAUGCUGUCGGGCAUGGCGCAGACGGCGGCAAUCUACUGUAUGACAGAUUAUUCGAUGCCUGGGGGGGUGGCUUACACCUACUACCGUCUGACUGCGUUCUUCGUGGGAACUGCCAUGGCGGGGCCACUGCUAUCAUGCUGGUUCGUGGGCAACUGGCUGCUGGGAGGCGAUUCUAAGGAUGUGGCGAUGCUGUUCUACAUAUCACGGUCAAGGAUGCUGCUUAUGUUCUUGUGCUGCCUGGCGGCCGGGAUGUGCGCCAUCGCAGCUGCCUUCACCAUUUACAUGUUCCUCUGCUCCGGAGAGAAAACGUGCCUCGACAAGGAAUGCUGGUUCCCGCUAAUCACGUGCGCGCCAUGCCACAUCUCGCGUGACUCGCUGAAGAAGCAAAUCAACUCGCUCUAUGUGCCCUUGUUAUGGACGGCCAACCCGCUGUUCAUCGCGUUCGUCAUCGCAAUGACGCACAACUCGUCGAGUUCGGUCGAACUCGUGUUUACGCAGUUCAUAGUGUACGCUGUGGCUGCCAUCGCACCGGCGUGGUUAGCGUAUUUCGAGAACCCGCCGCCGCAGGGUGCGUUCUUCGGGCACAACGCGGCGAUGCGCCGCAUGCUGGGCGUCAAGUAUGCCAACCGGCGAGAGGUGCUCAAGACAACGGGUGCCGACGCAUUGUUGAGCGUUUGUCGUCAGGGUGGCAGAUUAAGUGGUGUUGCGACGUAUGAGGAGUCCAUAGGCAACUCUGGGAUGAGGGCCGUAUCGCACCUAAAGAAUCGCAAGCUGAAUGUAGCACGGGUAAGUAGCAAUACGCAGUGGACGCUUCUACAAGGAGAGUUGUGGGCGCAGUGGCAAACCCGUGAUGCGACGUAUCUUCUGUGCACCCAAGCGGUAGAGAAAAUCUAUCACACGCUCUACGAUCUGGGGAACCUGUACAGCGGAAGCCUGUAUGACAACGUCGACGAGAUCAUGAAGCAGUAUUGCGACUUCAUCAACUGCAAUGGGACGUUAUACGGCAUACCGUUCUCGAUCGAUCCGUCGUGGGACUCAAUACAGUUGCUGCAUAAAAUGCUCCUGCAUCAGAAGACCGUUCUGACCCUUCAGCUGGAGAGAACGGGCACCAUGUACGCCGAUGGCCUAACGGAACGAGUUGGCGUCGCUUCUUGCAGCUUUAUUAAUAGGAUACCUACUCUCGGCGAAUGCUGCGUGUCUAUCCUAAAGCCGAUUGUAAACACAAAAAAAGAUAAGGACGAACACCACGAACAUGGCAAAAUUACAAUAAAGCAUUCAGCGAAUGCGGGUAUAAGGGCCAUUUCCCACUGUUCGUGUUGCUUUUUGUCAACACAGGAAAAUAUCAGAAAGUUCCUGAAGAGUUCAAUCGGCUCAGUCAAAGAACGCUGCAGCAGCCUGUCGAAGGAUAUCUACAAUCAAGAGAUGUUCAAAGAGAGGGGAGACGCGCCGGAGAAACUAUCGUUAGAGUUAGAAAAAAGGCUUAUGUGCAUGCUCAGAAGUUUUUGUGAGUCGGUACUGCUUUUGAUCGACACGUUGUGCCUCAUAGAUGAGUUGCUUCUACUCCAGGAGUGGCUCUGUAGGUUAUGCUGGGAUGUAAAAGAUCUAUAUAGGAAACUGCAACAACGUCCGGAAUGUAGUUGUGAGGAGCAUGAUCAUGAUAGCGACUCUGAGCAUGAACAUGGAGAGGAACAUCACAGUGAUCAUGAACACCACGAUGAUGAUCAUGAACACCAUGAAGGUGAUAAUGCAGGUGAAGAGAGCCAUGAUGAAGAGGAUCAUGAUGACCAUGGGCACGGACACGGGCAUGGUCAUGGUCACGGUCAUCACCACGGCGGCGGCAGUGGGCAUCGCGAAAAGACACCGAAAUGUGUGUGGAAACUUCUCGAAAAGCUCGUCAAGAUGCUUUGCAAGGUUAUUGUAAUGAUGCACUCUUACAAAAAUGAGUUGAUCCGUAGGAUUGAGGAGAUGUCGAAGUGCCACGCCGGGUCUAAGCAUUCAGAAGCGCUGUACGAUGAUGAGUUGAGCGCUGUAGGGCUUAUGAACACAACACGGGUUAUGGUCAUAGUCACACGUUCAAUAUCUGACCUGCUGCAACUUAACGAAACCAUGGAAAAGCGAGGGGAAACAACGCAAUCUGACAAAAAAAGCAAGGCCGACUACUGCACUGGAGCAUACCACUUGCUCCUACCAUCUGCUGAAUAUCUGCAUGACAUCAUGACACGCAUGUUGUCGCCAGGCGAAACGUUUUUGGAGACCGUGAUGGACGAUGUGGUGUUCUGGUAUUCGGGACUUACCAACACAAUUGGACAGCUGUGCCCAGAUAUAGAACGUAAGGAUAAAUCCAGUUAUUCAUCCUUGUUUCAUAAAGAUAAGGAAGUAGAGAUGAAGAUGCCUAAAGAUGAAAUUUUGAAAGAGUAUGGCAACACAACGAAGGAAUUGUUAAAUGCCUGCCUAAAAGGUAGUGGGGAUACAGCUAGAUUGCUUGAAGAAAGAGUUAAAAAUUACAAGGAGUCUUAUGGAGCUGUAGGUGCAGACAGCAUGGAAAAAACAAAAUGCCUCUCGUCAAAAUCGUAUGCUUUUACUUCUCAACUAAACCCAUGUCUGAAAACAGUUGAACCAUCCAAGUCAGACACAUGCGAUUCUGCUGAGAAAAUUCAAAACCACGCCAAGUCAUGCAUUGAUCAUCUUGGAAAACUGCUGUCAUGCACUAAGGAAGCCACUGUCGAUUGCAGCAAAAUUGAUGAACUUUGUAAUCAGUUUGAUGUGAUUGCAUGCGGAGAAUCUCCUGUCGCGUCGUGCUCUGAAAAUUGCUGCAAAGAUGGAUCGGAAUCGUCGCGAUUUGCGGCUGUUUUAACAAAAUUGUUGGAGUGCGUUUCCAGCCUUGAAAAAUUGAAAUGCGAUGCGUCGACUCAUUCGGGCGCAGAAUGCAGCUGUUGCGCCGAUGAGCAAGGCUCUUUAGGAGCCAAAGAUAUAUGUAAUGCGCUAUAUGCCAUAUUGAGAUACUGUUUUUGUUGUGAUAACUGCACUCCGGGUACUUAUAAUACGUUGUCAUGUGGAGUGCUAUACAUUUUUCAUUCCGUAUGUACAUCUUCCGGCAAAGGUCUUAAGUGUGCUAAAUCGCCUCCUUGCUCCGUUAGUGGUUCAAUGUCUCAUCAAACCUGUUUAUGCUCGUCUUCAUCCCCCGAAUGUCAGCUCUGCGCGAAACUGAAGACGGUUUGCAGUGAUUCGAGCGACGAAUGUUGUCGGAAUCCAGUCUGUUGGAGGGAAAGGAUAAGAUGCUAUGUGCUUUGCGGCGAAACCUGUUGUAAUUCGCAUGAGAUGUCGAAACCUCUUGAUUGCGAGGGCAAUUGCGCGUGUAGCACAAAUACGUGCAACGAUACAUGUAAGUUGAGAGGCCUUUUUGAUUCUCUUUUCCAUUGUAAAACUUGUUUGCAAAACAGCCAAUCAUCAAUCCAGCAAGUUGAAGAUGCGCCUCCUGCUUAUAAGUGCAAUAUGAAGGAUUGCCAAUGUAAUAUUACCAUUGCUAUGAAAAGUGGUAGCAACAAGAAAAUGGGGACUACAUGUUGCAGCCAUAGACUAGGGUGUGCGCUGCGGAUAAUAACCGAUGAUGUAACUGCUCUCAAACAUAAUGCAAGUCAAUUAAAAGGUGGUUUGGAAAAGCUUACACAAUGUGCGGAGAAGAUAACAGAAAGCGUGAAGAAAGUGAAUGAAUCCUUAACUACUCUGUGCAAAUUGCUGCAAUUCGCUCACUGUGGCCUCCAAAAAAGGAUGGCUAAGGUGGGAAAGAUGUAUGAAGUUGCAAAUAAAGUACGUAUUGGAUUUCCUUGCUACAAAACUGAAAUCAAUCAAAUUGCGUUGGCUGAAAAGCAGGUGGUCGAUGUUCUGCUUAAACUGUUGGGAUUUUGUUUAAAGGUUGCACACCAACACAUUCUCUUUAUCCAAAACAUAACAUGGACUCUAGCCACUAUUACAAUGCAAUGCCUACGCCUGAAUUUCCUCAACAAGAAAAUCACGCGGAUAAAGGAGCAGAUAAACCGUGUUUGGCUCUCUUUAAUAGGCAUGAAAGGCAGUCAAAAAUCAGCGCUUGGCGUUGUCACCAGUUCGCCUGGAUUCAGUACCUUAAGCACGGAGGACAAAUUGAGUGUUGUGUACAACGCUCGACUGAAGGGUGAGCGUGCAUCGCAAAGGUUUAAACCAAACCUUGACAACUACUCUGACGCCACCCCAUUUGCCUGCCUCAAGUAUAUUUGGGUUUUGUUGUGCUUCUGGGCGGUCAUGGGGUUCUUCCACUGGUUUGGUGUACAGCGUUCUGUUGCCAACUCCAAAACGCUGUUGACUGCCAUUACGGCUUUGAGCGCAAUGCACUUGUCGUCAGCUGUUAUGAGCGGGACUUUGCACAGGGGAGCGGGGAAUGGAGCCGGUGGUAAGAUGGGAACGCGCAUCAAUCUCAUGGUGCUACUGGGUAUCGCGGUUAUCUUCAUUCUGUCUUGGAUUUCCAACAUCACCGGUACGUAUCGGGAUACGGCGAACUCCCUUAAUUAUGUAACCGAGAAGCUGCGCGUUGUUGGAAUCUAUGACAACGGUCAACCGCCAGCAACCCAGCUCAUCAAGAGCACGGUUACCAAGACGUUCCUCUCCGACCUUCAGAGCGCCUUUGGUAUAUGGGGACUUAGUGGGCCCUCACGUGCUGGGUCCAUCCCACUGUGGUAUGUCUUGGGGCCGUUGUCCCACACCACUGCCGGGGCCAACCCACAUUACACUAGAAGCAUCCCGAGGAAAGAGGUUACAUUCCACGACUUUCUUGUGAAUCAGUCAAUGAGGCCCAUAAAGUCGCUGGAAUGGGUGUUGAACCUGAUGUCGUUCCUGCAAUUGUUCCCGGAUGAUGCCCAGAUGAUCAACGUGUCCGCGCCGUUCAUGAGAAACCUCAACCCCGACGCGCAGCUGCUCUGGGUAGGUUGGGAGACAAACACGUACCUGACCGACAAUUUUAUGAACAGCAUGGCAUUCUUCCACAAUGUCCUGCAUGACCUAAACUUGGACUUGUUGGAUGAGUUGCAUCACUUGGGGAAAAUGGAAUACAAGCUCAAACUUAUAUCGCUGUGGAACACUUUCUAUAAGGGGCAGAGCGAUACAGUGCCUCUUCAGGCCACAAAGUUCAACGUGGAGCGCAACAUGGUUACAAGCAAGCAAAGGCAACUCCAACAGGAGGAAAUUGCCGUCCGGUACAUCAAUGAUUGGCAUAAAUACCACACUUGGCUCGCCAACUGCUCCAAGUACGUAUACGAGCGAAAACGAUAUUAUGAAAAACGCUUGGCGGAGGAAGAGGUUGCUGCCGAAACUGAUAUAGUAGAGGAGCCAAAAGUCACCGUGUCGUGGCUGGAAAGCGUUCGUCGCUCUUUCAGUUCCGGGGAAAGCAGUACUGACGUGUCGCAACCCACCCCUAAGGCUCCAAUUGCAACAGAAGACUGGGAUAGCGAUGGUGACGACAGCGAUUGUGGCAAUUCUGACCUCGACUGGGUGGAAUCACCCGGCUGCUGGAAACUGCGGAAGCGCAUUGCUGAGAGGUUUUCUGGAAAGAAGAACAAAUCAGAACGUGGCGACGCCAUUUCACAUAAUAAGAAUCCCGCAGCUCCAUCGCGGACAGGGGAUGGGUACCACAAGCGUGAUGAGAGGUAUCCAAACCUAGUGGAACCAGCCGACCCACUCGAGUGGCUGUUGGUAAACGAGCCAUGCACCGAAUGCGUUGAGCACUUUAAACGCCAGGGAUCGCAAGUCUUCUCCGAUGGAAGUGAGAAAGCCAUCUUAGUUCUCAGUACCGGUCGUCUCUACGAAGACAUCCAGGAUACGGGUGAGUUGCUAGAGGAAGCGGCAGGGUGGAGAAGGAAGAAGGAAGCUUUCUGCAACAAUUCAAGCGAAUUCCAGGAAGCGUGCCUGGCAGCCGUGAGGGAAACCUACGACAGGGUUGUGGAAUUCGCUGAGGAUGACAAUGAAGGCAACCUCGUGAAAUUGUUGCACGACACGAUAACGGAGAUGAAGGCCGCGAAGGGUGAUAGUCACACUCAUGAUCACAGUCACGGCCACGACCACGGUCAUGAUCACAGCCACAGUCACGGUGACGGUCACGGUCAUGGUCACAGUCACCACAAGAAAAUCAAAGCCCCAAAGCCCAAGGCAUAUCUGCCUUCAACGCUGCGGGACAAGAACGAAGUUGCCACCCUGUAUAGGGAGGCGUUGUUGACUGCACACCACGAGCAGUCAGGAAAGUCGAGGUCUGAGGCCUCGGAAAAGCACCGACGCGCCAUCGUGCGCGCAACACAAACGGAAGACCCAACUAGGGACUGGUGGCAGCUGCUCACUUGGAUGGGACAGUGGUCCAUCUUCAACGGCAUGCCGGUGUCACAGAGGGAUGUGCGCUACUUGGUUUUGUAA